AUGCAAAAUGACCGCCCGGAGAAAGCCAUGGAGCCCGGAGCAAGCCAUGGAGCCCGGAGCCCAGGUGCCCAGAGAGCGGGCUCGUGGUUCCGGCUGCCCUUCUUCGCGCUUCCCCGCCGGGCGCUGCAGGGCUGGAGCUCCCCCUGCUCGUCUCCGGCAGCCGUCCAGAAAGCCGGCGAGCCGGGGCGCCGGGCCUCCGGCAGCCACCUGGCCGAAGCCCGGACCCGGGCCUGGCUGUCGCUGCUGGCGCAGCUCUUGGCGCCGCUGCCCAGCCUGCUGCAGAAGGUGCUGCUGUGGGGCCAGCUCCUGGGGGCCAUGAUCCCCGGCAGGUGCCUGGAGCUGGCCGCGCAGAAGAGGGUCCCGCGAGCAGGGGGUGAAGCUGCAGCCGGACACGCCGCCCGCAAGGCCUCCAGCCGCGACCACCCCCCGGACGACCCCGCUACCGCCCCCCUGAAGUGGCUGGAGGAGGGCAUCCAGUGGCCGUGCGGUCCCCGAGACGUGCGCCUGGAGCUGGAGGGCAAGGGGAGCCCUUCGGGACCCGCGGCGCGCUCCCUUCUCCUGCAGCAGCAGCUGUCGGGGGCCGAGCUGGUGCAGAGCAGCCCCCAAGUUCAGCUGUUCCCGGACAAGGACCUCUGUUCUUCGCCCAGCGGCGCUCUGAGCAUUCAGCGCUUGAACAAUUUCGACGUGGUCUCUUACGUGCUGAACCCCGCCGGUCUGAACUACCAGUCUCACGUGGAACUCACCUGUCAAAAUAGCUUUGAGACCACAGAGAUGGGCGACUUCCAGACACUAACCCUGGAGAGCUGCUUUUGGGCUGCUGACCAGAGUCACCAGCCCCAACCCCUGAACGCAGAGAGUCCGGGAUCCUCCUGGCAGAGAUGUCCUCACAAAUCACCCCUCUCCAGAGAGCUUCUGCCAGAAAUCCACCACCUUCGAAAGAAACGCCUGGAAUUCUCGCAGCAGGCUGGCAAAGGACAAGCACUACCCACCCCUGACCAGGAUCAUGGCUAUCAGAGCCUGGAGGAGAACCACAACCUGCUUCGAGUUGACCUGAGCCAAGCCUUGAAAUCUGAAUGUUGUAGAGACAGUCCUGUACAGUUUGUUCCCUCCACAGAGGCCCUUGUAGGAGGCAAAGAGGACCCAACUGAGGACAAAAUAGGGUUUUUGAUUAACGAGAUUCCAUUUCUUUUGAAAAGUCAGGACUCUAAAGAAAACUGGCCAACUUGUGAGCUGUCUGUAGAGAGAGACACUGUGGAUAUUCAACCAAGUGUGGUUGACAGCUCAGAUAUAGAAGAUGACUUUCCAAUUUCUGCCAGACCAGCAUGUAGUAACAAAUUAAUAGAUUAUACUUUGGGGUGUGCGUCCAGUGACCAGGAGACAAGUACUGAGUCUGAGGGUGAGUACUGGGAUAAAGAAGGUGAAGAUGAUGGCUUUGAUGGUGAUGGUUCUCUUUCAGAAUCAGACCUUGGCAAACAGCAUUCUGAAGGCCUUCACCAUUGGAACUCUUUCUACAGUAUGGAUCCAUAUAACCCUCAAAACUUUACAGCGACAAUUCAAACUGCUGCUAGAACUAUUAGUGGAGACCAUUACAAUUCAGAGGAUAACUCUUCCGGAAAGUCUGAUGGAGAGGAUUCUUCCUGGACUGAAAGCCCACCUGGUUCUCCCAACCAUAGCUCUGGAGAAGAAGAUGAUUGGGAAUCUAGUGCAGAUGAGGCAGAAAACUUAAAACUCUGGAACUCUUUCAGUAACUCCGAUGACUCCUACAACCCUCUUAAUUUUAAAGCACCUUUUCAGACAGCAGGGGAAAAAGGGAAAGACAGAUGUGACUCAAACAGACGAACUGAGUCAACAGUAGCCAUCUCUCGGAGUGAUGUACAACUUAGUUGUAAGGUACAGCUGUUAGGAAGCCCAGAGACUGGAAUCUCAGACAUCCAGUAUGGAAUUCUUCCCAGAGACAGAUGCACAUCUACCAGAAGAAAAAAGGUAACCUUUCUUGAAGAAGUUACUGAGUAUUACAUAAGUAGUGAUGAAGAUAGCAAAGGACUCUGGGAAGAAUUAGCAAGAGAUAGGUGUCGAUUCCAGAAACGUAUUCAAGAAACAGAAGAUGCUGUUGGAUACUGCUUGACAUUUGAGCACAGACAGAAAAUUUUUAACAAACUCCAGGAAACAUACUACAAAAGAUUUAAUGUUUUCUAGUGAU